GAACCUACCAAUAAAACAAACAAGGCUAGUAGAUGAGUCAGUAAAAAAGUCAAGAUUCUUACUUUGAUUUGAAACUUCAUUUCACUCUUCGCUAAAACCCACUUUUAUCUCGGUGGUCAGUGUAUAUCCCAAUUUGAAAUAAAAUACUGAUUCAGGAGUAUCCAUUUCUCAUUCCUCUAGACCUAACAAGCCUCCGAUGCGGAGGCAUGUCUCUGACCUGUCUUGGAGGCAAACUGUUCUUUCAGGGGAGGCUCAGAAUAUGGCCGAAAUGGCUUUAAUCAGCAGAAGAUCAGAAUCAGAUUAUGGUAUUCUACCAUUAUAUUUUGGGCCUUCCCUUCAGGUUCCUGGACCCGAAACUGAAAAUUCAAUUAAUUAUAACAGGAAGGAACCAUUUCAUUCAAAUCAAUCAAUUAACAAAAAUAUUCACAAUAAUUUUGUGAUUUUUAUAUUUUUUUAAAUCUUGAAGUUAAAUGUUUCCCAGAGAAAAGGAGAACUAUCAAAAAGAAGAAUCAUUUAUCUCUUCUAGUCAGUUCAUAAAUAAUUCUAGCGAUCAAUCAUCUGAUCCCUUACUGUCUAUGCCAUCCAUUAAAAUGAUGGAUUUUUGUCCAAGUGUAUCCCAAAUCAGCCCAACUGCUGAAAUGGGCCAAGCAAGAUCUGAACAGUUCAAAACUUUUCAUGAGAAUUCAGACUCCAUCGUUAACUAUGGAAAGCCCCGAAUAUCCUUCCAAGAAAAAGGAAAAAGUUCUCAUUAUUCAAGAAGAAGCUCCCAAGAUUCUAGACUUGAAUCUUCAAUUGAGUCAAAAAUAAAUAUUCAAAUGACCAAAAUGAGUUCUAGAAAGUCCAGAAGAAGUUCUCAAGGAUCCAGGCGUAAUUCUCAGGUCUUGCAGUCACGAAUUCAUUUGCAUGACUCAAGAAAGAACUCUGAAGACCUGGUUGGUUCCUCUCCAUCCCUGAGCUCAGGUUCAAGUGUCUGGAGGAUCGGACGUAUGGCCGAUGAAAUGAAGGAGGAAACUCCAGACAUUAGUCCAGAAUAUCCGGCCAGAGGACAGCAUAGAAGAAGCUUUGGAGUUGAACUGAUGUCUAAAUUAAGAGUGGGGUCACGGGAUACACCAAGAAUAAAGAUAACACGUGUCCCUAGCCUUGACCAAUCAGAUAUACAGUACCUUUCUCCAGCCAAUAGUGAACACUCAAACUGUACAAUAGCGGAGACAAACAAAGACACAAAAGACACAAAAUCCGCAAUAAAACAAAAAAAGAAAUACUUUGUUUUCCGAAGUUUGGAGUUAACUUCGGGAAAUCUGGAUGGAAUUGAUGACUUAUCAAUCCAAGGACCAGUUGCAAGAGUACUCGAAGGGAAAAAGGUUGAUCAGUGAUUGGGGUUUUAGCUUUUUUUAAGAAUUUAACAUUAUAUGUAAAAAUUAGGACUGAACAAUGUUCCGUUAACGAACUGAAAGUUUUUGAAAAAUGAUUGAAGAUUCUGUUAACAAACAGCAAAAGCCGUUAAUUUUGAAAUUCUUAAUGACAAACGAAAAAAACGUUCAUAAAAAGAACGGAAACUUAAAAAUAUGCGAAACAAAAUAACGACGAUUUUUUAUGAAAGAAUUGUUAACGAUUUCUAAAAUAUCUUUCAUUUAUAUUGUUAAAAAGAUUGAGAUCGUUGGCAAACGGUAGCUAAUCGUCACAGACGGUAUGAAAAAAGUCUCAACGUACCCAGCCCUAUUAAAAAUAAGUUAUUAAGGAAUAUGCACAAAGCACAAGUGAUCAACAAAUGUAUAUUCAAGAAGUUAUGUUAUAUAUCAUAAUAUUAAUUGAGAAUAAAUAUAUACUGCAAUGUAACUCUCCAACAUCAAAUUUACCCUCUGCUUGAGAAUGAUAAGGAAAAAUAAAAACAAUUGGUUGAAUGGUUUGAUAUCUUAAAUAACUUUUGUCAGGUGGUAAAAAUUCCCACAAUGCCCUAAAUAAAUGUGUUUUUUUUUACUAUUUUUCUAACA